CCUGCUCAGCGCGAAUUGAUUGGUCAAUUGCAUCUCCUAUGAAACAGAAACCGACCAACCAAGCCCAACUCUUGCCAAAGUCAUACGUUCGGCGUGAUUCUUUUAAUCUUCCCAUCAACCCAUUGCACUCCAUUACCGACAUCCACAUCGACAUCCACAUCCAAAAGAACAGGCUGCCUGCACUCCCAGCAAUAAAUACAAGUACACACAUCCUUUGUCCCUAUUCGCACCUCAGAUUCACCGUUGACACUCAACCACACCAAACACCGCUACCGCUCCAAUUUUCACACGCUUCAAAAAACAUACUGGGACUUACGCCGAACUGGAACACCAAGCAUGAAAUUCCUCGAAUAUCCCGGCCUCGACGACAUCAACAGUGCCCUCAACUUUGACACGCCCGAAUGCAAAGUACACGGACGUAUCGAACCAUACUCGUGCAAGGCAGCAGGAGCAGACAAGAAAUUGUACAAGCAAUUGGAGAACAAAUAUGAUCCGUCCUCGAACAACAUGCUGAGUCCUCCGGAUGAUGACGGAUUUAGUAUUCGAAACAUCAUCUCACCCUUCGGACCCAUGGACCAACCCGCCUCCCGAAAGACGCUAUUUUAUCUGAUCGGAACCCUGAAUGCCUCUUUCCCAGAUUAUGACUUCUCCGAUGUGAAACCGGAGCAAUUUCGAAAAGAGCCCUCGAUCUCGAUCGUGGUGAAUUCCAUCAACGCAACGCUGUUCAACCACGGGAACGAGCGUGCGGUGAAGGAAUUGCGCCUGUGGGACUCGAUCGACCAAUUGAUCGAUCUUCAGGACUCGGAUGUAUACUCCUAUAACCCGGAAAGUGACUCGGACCCGAAUGAUGAGGAAGGUGGUGGCACCCUGUGGUCAUUCAACUACUUCUUCUUCAACCGGAAACUGAAGCGAAUUAUCUAUUUCACGAUGCGAGGGGUCAGCUACGGCGUCAUGACAGAGGAGGAUGUCGAUGAGGACGACGAUAACUUUUCGAACACGGAUGAUGACGAGAACUCUGGAUUUGGACAUCGUCGGAAACGAUACGAUGCGGACGAGGACGACUUCAUUGCGGGAGAUAUGGAUAUGCAGUAGAAUUCCUCAAAAGGAAUUUGAUCCGCAUCCAUGGCGACCUUCAGGAAGGGAGCCCCUAUGGUUCAGAUCCAUCCCAGGAAAUCGUCCGAGGAUAUUGCAUAAUGUCUCCACAGAACAUCGCCCAGGAAGCAAGGAAAAGACUUGGCGACUUCUGGUUUUGCAAGUAGAUACUAUCAAAUCAUCAUAAAGAAGAUUUGGUCUGCAUUGCUAUGCAGGGGAUAUUUUUAUAUGAAAAU